AUGGUGAGAGAAUUCAAACAGCCGGUAAACGUGUCGCCGUUGAUUCGUCUGGGUCGGUACACCGCGCUGAUCGCUGGAAUCGCGUACGGCGUCUGUAGAAACAGUUAUUUGCAGCGUAAGGAAGAUGAAAAAAAAGUGAUUCGUCAGAAGCGUCAUGACGGCAUCUGCCGUCCGUCGGAAAAGCAAUGCGCGAAACAUGCUGACAAAAGCAAGAUGAUCCACCCGGCGGCGCAGUACGAUGCGAUGUCCCGGUCGGAAAUAAUCGCCGAUCUCAACGUACGUAUAAUGCUCUACAGGAUUACACGCCGUUUGAGAACACCUAACGAAAAAUUUGGAAAAAAAAAAUUGUAUUUUUAUACCUAACAUUAAUGUAUAUUCUAUUCGUAGGCCGAUUUCUCAUCAAUAAGUGAAAUGUAGAAAAACGUUUGUUGAAAUGGCUGAUUUGAAUUUCCCCGGCGGUGACCGGUGAUUUCUCUUCAAUAUUCUAAGAUAACAUAAUGUACCGAUAAGCAUUCUCUGACGGGCUCGUUUGGAUCUCCUCGGCCGAAUGUUUGGCUGUGGCCGGCCUACGUUCUUCCGGCCGGUGCCCAACAAGCGAUCUUCACUGCGUAGGCCGGAGAGGAGCUGACCCGAGGUGUGGACGGCGGUUUCCCAGGUCACGGGGUGGGUUGUAUUCCGGUCGUUCUCGCUUUUUUCGUAGGUCGGAGUACAGCCUCGUCACCCCGGCCGUGAUGACGACGGUGGCGUUCCCUUCACGGGCUACGGGACGGUCCGUAUUUCGGAGAGUCUUUGCCGCCGGGAAGGUCGACCGCUGCCGGUAUUCCCCAGACUACUGUAUGGUAAGUGAAAAACUUAUUAAAAAACACCGUCUUUAUAGUUGUUCGGAAAUAAAAUACGUAUAUUCGUUCGUCUACACAGUUUAAACAUCGUCGGCUCCGAGUCAAAAUUUUGACCGUUUUCAGAUUCUGAGCGUCAUGGUUUUACUACGUGUAAUAUAUAGGUAUUAUGGUGUAAACAAUUUAUCCGCUAUUAAUAGAUAGCUUGUUCCGAUCAAACAUAAUAUGAGAACUUUUUUGGAGCAUUUGGUUUGUCCGGUCGGUGUAUUGGAGAGGCCAUGUUUUGAUUUUCAUUGUAGUUUUCUUGCCAAAAUUAUUCGCUUUUAUUCACAGCUAUCGGCUUGCGAGGUUUUUCUAGGCAUAGCCCACGAUGUACAAAGAACAUAGGUAGGGUAGUAUACAGAAUAUGUACUUAUUUGUCAUUUAAAUAGGUACUUUAGAAAAAUAGUGUUUUCAAAAUACUCCGGAAAAUCUGAAGUAUUCUGAAUAUUUUAAGAAUACAAUCUCAAAAAGCGAAUCGCUGCGGGUAGGCCACUGAUGCAGUAGACUUUGUGGAUAGAGUUUAUCAGCGUCAGCCUGCAAGUCAACUCUCGCGCUACUAGGCCGUGAUUUCGGCCGGGGCUCUCGGUCGUAUUUGUGUGUGAGGGCACCUCAGUCCCUCACACACUCGAAAAAAUUGAUUUCAGGUCGAAAGGGGUUUAUCCGGAAAACCGAUGAUCCACAAAAAGGAGAACACCAUCCCGGCCCUUGCGGAACAAGCACGGUGGACCUAAGAGAGACGGUGUUCCCGGCGGCAAGGGCUCGCCGGAAUACGGACGUCGCGUGGCUCGUGGAGAAGACGCCGCUGUCGACAUCACCGCCGGUGUGA